AUGGGAACCGGCCACGUCACCCUCCAACACCUACUCAUCCUUUCUGCCGUGCUCCUCCUCGGCACGCCCGUGGAGGGCCUGGUCCGCAUCGAGCUGAAGAAGCUACCGGUCGGCCAGAACCGCCUCGUCGCUGGAGAGGACGCUCAGACCUUCCUCGUGCAGCACCAUGACCUCGUCCAUAACGAGGAGCCGCAACCACUGCCAAAGAGAGAUAUCGUAAUACUGAAGAAGUACCAGAACGCUCAGUACUACGGUGAGGUCGGCAUCGGAAUGCCACCCCAGAACUUCACCGUCAUCUUCGACACAGGCAGCUCCAACCUCUGGGUGCCCUCCUCCGAGUGCUACUCUUCGGUAUGUGCCCUCAUCUCGUCAAUUACAAAGCCAGCUCGGUCGAGCACGUACACGAAGAAAGGAAAAAGGGUAUCAAUUCACUACAAAACUGGUGCAAUUGCUGGUUAUAUUAGCAAAGACAAUGUGCAAGUUGGUGGUCUAGUUGUGAAAAAUCAGGAUUUUAUUGAAGCUUCGUUGGAACCAAGUAUUACUUUCUUGCUUGGAAAAUUUGAUGGCAUUGUUGGUCUUGGGUUUAAAGAAAUGUCAUUCGGGGGUGCCGAACCUGUUUGGUAUAACAUGGUUAGCCAAGGUCUGGUUGGUAGCCCCGUUUUCUCAUUCUGGUUCAAUCGACAUGCUGGUCAAGUGAAGGGAGGAGAAAUAGUUUUUGGAGGAGUUGAUCCUAAUCAUUACAAGGGAAGACAUACGUAUGUCCCUGUUACUAAGAAGGGAUACUGGAAGUUUGAUAUGGGUGACGUCUUGAUUGGAGGAAACUCCACAGGAUUAUGUAAAUCUGGUUGUGCAGCAAUAGUAGACUCAGGAACUUCAUUUCUUACUGGCCCCACGGCGAUAAUUACUGAAAUAAAUUGGACAAUUGGUAUACCUAGUAGAGUGAGCAAAGCGUGCAAGAACGUUGUUUCAAGGUUUGGGCGGCAAAUCCUGGAUUUGCUGCUAAAGCGGCAAGUUGCAGAUAAUCAGACUGAGGAUUCUAUAUUGCAUACCAUUAACGAGAUGUGUGACCAUAUUCCUAUCCCUGCGGGAGAAUCAUUCGUGGACUGUGGAGAACCUAAAUUCAUGCCUGAUGUCGCCUUCUCCAUCGGGACCAAACAGUUUGUGCUCAAACCUGAACAAUACAUAGUGAAGAUUGGUGAGGGUGAUGAUACCCGGUGCAUGAGUGGAUUCUCAGCUAUGGACGCCCCUCCUUCCGGUGGCCCUCUCUGGAUCUUGGGUGAUAUAUUCAUGGAAGCCUAUCACACGGUCUUUGACUAUGGAAAUAUGAAGAUUGGGUUCGUCGAGACAACAUAG